UCGAUCACGAGACACGUAUGCAUGCAAUGUGUAUACAUGUGUUUCGCAGUCGUAGAGCACAAAAAGGACAGUAGUAACAAAAAGAAAACACUUUAAGCCAGAGGCAAAAAGGCAAGGGCCCCUUCUCUCUAGCUCAAGCUACACUAGCCAGCGCCGUACACGAGCCCCCCUGGCCUUUGCCUCCCUCGCCGUCUCGAUCGACCACUACCCGCGGCGGCAAAAGCACACGAUAAAAAGGCCCCCCUCCUCCUCGUCUCCUCCUCCGUAAAGCCAUCACCCGUUUGACCGAGAGAGAGAGAACGACGUGGUGGUGGGUUGGGUGAGCUAGCGAUGUGGGAAGGCGGGAGCCACGACGCCGCGGCGCAGCUGCUGCCGUGGUUCGUCGGCGAGCCGGCAGCGGCGGCGGUGGGGGGAUACGGAGGGUGUGUCGACGUGGUCGGGCAGGGCGGGGUGUUCGGGUUCGGUUUCGAGGCCGCGGCGGCGCCGGUGGUAACCAGGCAGCAGCGUGGUGGCGCGGCGGCGGCGGAGGGAUCAUCGAGAGGCGGUGGCGGUAAGCCGGCGGUGGUGUCCGGGCUGCUCGGCAGCCUGCAGGCGGAGCUGGGGCGGGUGACGGCGAGGGAGAUCAUGGACGCCAAGGCGCUGGCGGCGUCGCGGAGCCACAGCGAGGCCGAGCGGCGGCGCCGGCAGCGCAUCAACGGCCACCUCGCCAGGCUCCGCAGCCUCCUACCCAACACCACCAAGACGGACAAGGCGUCGCUGCUGGCGGAGGUGAUCGAGCACGUGAAGGAGCUGAAGCGGCAGACGACGGCGAUCGCGGCGGCAGCGGCGGCGGGGGAUUACCACGGCAACGACGAGGACGACGACGAUGCGGUGGUGGGGCGGCGGUCGGCGGCGGCGCAGCAGCUGCUGCCGACGGAGGCGGACGAGCUGGCGGUGGACGCGGCGGUGGACGCGGAAGGGAAGCUCGUGGUGCGUGCGUCGCUGUGCUGCGAGGACCGCCCCGACCUCAUCCCGGACAUCGCCCGGGCGCUCGCUGCGCUCCGCCUCCGCGCGCGCCGCGCCGAGAUCACCACGCUCGGCGGCCGCGUCCGCAGCGUGCUCCUCAUCACCGCCGACGAGCAGCAGCAGCAGCACUGCGACGACGUCGACGACGACGAGGACGGGCAUCGCCUCCUUCUUCGCCACGGCAUCGACGGCGCCGGCGCCGCCGCCGACGACGACGACGAGUGCGCGGCGUCUCACCGGAGGCACGAGUGCAUAGCCACGGUCCAGGAGGCGCUGCGCGGCGUGAUGGACCGCCGGGCGGCGGCGAGCAGCGGCGACACGUCGUCGUCCGGCGGCGCUGUCGUCGCCGGCGGCGGCGGGGGCAGCAUCAAGAGGCAGCGAAUGAACUACGGAGUGCACGAGCAAUGCUCGGUGUAGCGUGACACACACUAGUUGCAGCUAACGUGCCGGCAUUUUAGCUAGCUACCACUUUCCAUGCAUGGCGUCUAUGACGAGAAAGUAGCAAACUUUUUAGUUAUUUUUCAAGCUUUCGGGUUGGUUUUGGGAGUAGUAGUGGUCCUUUGGUAUAACGAGAGCAGCUGCUUCAUGGUGCGAAAGGGAAAAGUUUUAUAUGUCCCUUGUGUGUGUUGUUGUGCACACAUGCGCGUGCUACACAAAUUAAUGCAUGUGUGUGUGUUGGGAAUGACUUGGAUAUGUAAGGGUGCAAAGCAGCUGGGGGCCAGCGAGUGGGUGUGUAAAUCUACUGGUGGUAUCUCUCUUGGGGUAUAUCAACGAAAGGUGGAAUUAAUUGGCCCGCAUCGUUUUUAGAUUUCCUUGUGAAGUAUAUAUACAUGGCUUAUGGAACAAUA